AUGCAAAGUCAACAACAGAAGGUUCCAAAGUUGGAGAUUGCUCAAAGACCAAAAGAAUCACCUACAAUAGGUGAAAUUAUUAAAAUAGAAACAAAUUUUUGGAAAGUUAAAUUUGAUUAUCCUAAAAUUUACAGCUAUUCUUUUGAAGUUUCAAUUCAAGAAAAUCAAGAACAAAAAGUAGAAAAAAGCAAAAUAUUUAAAGUUUUUAAUAAAUUGCGUGAGAAUGAUAAUUUCAGUCCAGAUACAUUUCUAGUGUAUGCAGAAAAUGUGGUUUAUUCCUCCACUCAAAUUGAUGACGAGUCUUUAAAUGUUGAUAUGGAGGGAAAGAAAUACAUCGUUACCAUUAAGUACAGUGAAGAUAUCGAUUUUAGUCCGUUAAAAAGAUGUUUUGAAGAAAAUUAUCAACUUUUGAAUAGUGAAAACUUAAAUUUAUUACGCAUACUUAAUACCUAUCUAAAUUUUGAAGUCCGCACGAAUACAAACUAUUUGACACUCGGAAGAAAGACCUUUCAAAUUCCUAAAAGACCAAAUCGUCUUCGUAGUAAUUUUAAUUUUGGGCUUAUACAUGAAUUCUAUCAAAGCGUUCGCAUAGGAUGGGAUCAAUUACUUGUCAACACUGAUGUAUGUUCCGCAAUUUAUAAUAUUAGAUCAAAAAAGUUGAUUAGUUUGGAUCCAAUUCUACAUGAUGACAUGAUUAGAGAGAUGAUUAGGAUGACUGCAAUUAAACCAAAUGAUAGAUUUAAUAAAAUUGAUAAAGGCAUUAAAGAAGUGUACAAACAUGAAAGUGAUAAAGGGUUAAAAUCUAUUUCAUUUUCUGUUGAUAAUGAUAAUGGAUUCAUGAAAUUGAAUG